AUGAUUUGGCCAUGCACUACGCCUCUGCCAAUAGACACGAGUAUUCCACAAAAUCUCGCUCAAUGGCUACUUUUCCAAAACAGUCAGGAAACUGAAGUGUUGACGCAAACGCCCUGGUCUUGGGUAACCGCAUCACUACGAAAUCUUCAACCUGAUACAGAAGCUAACAUUUAUAACUGGCAAAUUAGACCACUAUCCAACAUUGCGAACUGGCAAAACCUAAAAGUUGGAUGUGCUCACAAAGUGUGCAAAUUUCCCACCGGGACAAAUAUGGUUGUGUCUUGCGCUUAUGGCGGCGAAGUACUCCAAGAUAACGAAGUUGUAUGGCAGAAGGGACCAACUUGCGAUGUGCAAUGCUUAUCCCAACUCGUUCUGCUGCAACAAUCUGUGUGA